GAUAAGAAAGCAGAGAUGCUAGGUGGUGUGUGACUGUGAGUAAACAAAGGACAAAGACAUUGUAUCAUUUGCAAGCAUAGCAAUGGUCUCAUCCUUAAUGUUAGGAGCAGCUACUACAGCAUUGUCACCUUCUACUUGUUCUACACUGUCAUCAUCAUCAUCAUCAUCAUCACCAUCACCAUUACCACCACCACCACCACCAUCAUCAUCAUCACCAUCAUCAUUAUUUUCACGAAGAUUUGCUGUAACUUGGUUCUCUGCAGCUUCAUUUGGUUAUUCAGCUCUGCCACAACCCCAGUUACUAUUUGGUGCAAAAGGAUUUCCAUUUCAAGUACCAGAGGCUAUUGCUGCUGCAGAAAAAAAGCUAGUCCCACCAGUGCCAAAUUUGUUUGAUUGGGUCCAAAAUGACAAGCGAAGAUUUCUCCAUGUUGUGUACAAAGUUGGAGACUUAGAGAAGACUAUAAAGUUCUACACUGAAUGCCUUGGCAUGAAGCUGUUGAGACAACGUGAUAUACCAGAAGAUAGAUAUUCAAAUGCUUUUCUUGGAUAUGGGCCUGAAGAUUCCAGUUUUACAGUUGAACUUACCUACAAUUAUGGAGUGGAUAACUAUGACAUUGGAGCUGGCUUUGGCCAUUUUGGUAUUGUGACUGAGGAUGUUGCCAAGACAGUAGAUCUAAUAAAGGCAAAAGAGGGCAAGGUUACCAAGGAACCAGGGCCUUUCAUUGAAGAUCCUGAUGGUUAUAAGUUUAAGCUGUUGGAGAGAAAAGGACCUACUUCGGAACCCUUUAGCCAAGUGAUGCUUCGAGUAGGUGAUCUUGAUCGUGCCAUAGCCUUUUAUCAAAAAGCUAUUGGCAUGAAACUUCUUUUCAAGGAAGAUAACCCUGACCACAAGUACACAGUAGCCGUAAUGGGCUAUGGUUCUGAAGCUGAUAAUCCUGUUCUAGAACUGACAUAUAACUAUGGCGUUACUAAUUAUGACAAAGGAAAUGGUUAUGCACAGAUUGCAAUAGGCACAAAUGAUAUCUACAAGACUGCAGAAGCAAUCAAAUUGUCUGGAGGGAAGAUUAUCCGUGAACCUGGGCCCUUGCCAGGUAUCAACACCAAGAUCGUAGUUUGCUUGGACCCUGAUGGUUGGAAAUUGGUAUUUGUUGAUAAUGUUGAUUUUCUGAAGGAACUAUAGGAUCCGACACAUCUUCACAGAACUUAUGCAAAUCUAACAAUUUUGUCGGUGAAAUCUUACAUUCAUACAGUGACUGUAAAAUCUACAAUCCAUCUGUGUAACCCCCUCCAAUCACUGUGAGAAGAAAGGAAAGAAAAGUAAAAUGUAUAUUUACAAACAACCCCAAUGGAAAUUUUAUUAUUUUUUAUUAUGCUACUUUGGCACUGCAAUUCAAUA